AUGCUCAUCCCGGGGCCAGCUGGCCCAGCCUUGUCCACCUCGACAGUCGUUGCGUACCAGGCCAUCUACGCGGGCUACCUCGCCUUUGUCCACCCGCUGCGCCGCAUCCCUGGGCCAAAGCUAGCCGCCGUCACGCGGCUUCUGUAUGCGCGCAAGCUCCUCCAGGGCGACCUCGUCCGGUGGCUGCACGAGCUGCACGAGACGUACGGCGAGGUGGUCCGCAUCGCACCCGACGAGGUGUCCUUCAUCUCCGGGGAGACGGCGUGGCAGGACAUCUACGGCGUCCACACGGGGGCCAAGGCGGCCAGGGGCAAGUAUCUCAAGGACCGGCGAUGGUUCGCCGCGCCGUACAACGAUACGUGGUCCAUCCUCCAGGCGGAUGCCGAGGCGCACCCUCGGAUGCGCAAGGCGAUUGCGCCCGCGUUCGGGGACCGGGCGAUCCGUGAGCAGGAGCCCCUGAUCCAGGGCUACGUCUCGCUCUUCAUCCAGCGGCUGCACGAGCAGGUCGAGGGGCCGUCCCGGGGCCAGGUGGACAUUGUCCGCUGGUUCAACUACUUUACGUUUGACAUCAUCGCGGACCUCACCUUUGGCGAGCCCUUUUACUGCCUGCGCGACAGCGACUUCCACCCCUGGGUGCGCAUGCUCUUCGCCUCGGUGCGCGCCAUCUCGCUCAACAGCGUCAUCCGCCGCUACCCGACGUGGCAGUGGUUCGUCAAGCGCCUCGCGCCCCGGGACCUGCUCGAGAAGCGCCGGGCCUUCAACAUGUGGGUGUUUGAGCGCGUUGCCCAGCGCCUCGAGGCCGAGGGCACGGCCGCCACGACGCACCCGGACCUCAUGACGCACAUUACGGCGCACGAGGGCAGCAGCAGGAAGCGCCUCAGUCGCGACGAGAUUGACAGCAACGCCAACAUUAUGCUCAUCGCCGGCAGCGAGACCACCGCCACCCUCCUCUCGGGCUGCACCUACCUGCUCCUAACCAACCCGGACAAGCUCCGCGCCCUCCAGGACGAGGUCCGCGGCGCCUUUGCCGAGCCCGCCGAGGUCACCCUCGCGCGCGUCAACGAGCUCAAGUACAUGCUCGCCGUCCUCAACGAGGCCCUGCGCAUCUACCCGCCCAACGCCGCCGGCUUCAUGCGCCUCGUGCCCGAGGCGGGCGACCACAUCAGCGGCUACUGGAUUCCGGGGGGCACGUCCGUCUCCCUCUCGCAGUGGCCCGCCAACCACUCCACGCGCAACUUUGCGUCGCCCGAGACGUUUGCGCCCGAGCGCUUCCUCGGAGACCCCGAGUACGCCGACGACAACCUGGCCGUUCUGAAUCCCUUUUCGUUCGGCCCCAGGAACUGCCUCGGCAAGAGCCUCGCCUAUGCAGAGAUGCGGCUCCUCCUGGCCCGUCUGGUCCUCGAGUUCGACAUGGCGCUGGUGGACCCGGAUACGGACUGGAUGGACCAGAAGAUCUUCACCCUGUGGGACAAGGGGCCACUGAGCAUUCGGCUGACGCCCGUUGGCACAGGUGCCCAUCAGAAUGAGGGCGCGGCUCACGGGUCCAUGUGA